AACGUCACCCGUUUGUUUAUUUUGGUUUUCCUAUCUCCCUUGCUCCGAUACGUUUUUACUUAUUUCAACCUUUUUCAUGCAAGAAUUCCACUAAAAGAAAGGAAAUGUACUUUUUCCGUUCCAAAGACUCGUUUCCACGCUAAUUUUACUCACAAUUAAUUUUUUCUUAUUGUUAUUUUAAUGUCGUGACUAAGGCUCUUUGUCUUUUGGUUUGAAUUAUGUCGCAUACAAGGUAUCCUCCUGAAGAGGCACUGCCAAGGACCGGCAGGGUCAACGAAGUCUGCCAGGAGUGGAUGGUCAGAGAAGAUUCUGCUUUAGCCUAUCAACUUCAAAACCAAGAAUUCUCUGACCAUUUGUCAGGAAAUAGGGUUAGAAAUGCAAUGGUGAGGGAAGACUUCCCAAGGGCCAAGUCUGAGCAACAAAAAGAGCAGGAAAUGGCAGAACAGGCUGCUGCUAUAUACCAGAGAAUGCUUCAAGAGCAAGAAGAAUAUGACCAAAAGGUUGCGAAAGACUUAGCUGAUAAAUUGGAAAGAGAGGAAAGGCUGAAAAAAAGGGCAAUUGAACUUAGAGACCAGAACAUAGCCAGGCAAAUGUUAGAAAUUGAGAGACUUAAAGUUGAAAGACAUCAACAAAUGCCACUUCCUUCUGUUCCUUUAUCCCCAAGUCGUCCAACACCUUUGCUGCCCCCUAGAGUGGCCAAAGAACAGUCUCCACACAGACCAAGCCCUUUAAAUUACCAAGCCAAUUUACCAGCUUUACCAAAAAGGCAGGCAAUGCCCAUGCCAUUACCUACUUCAAAUGGAUUUAGAACUUCUUUAGAGAGAAGGCAAAUAGGAAAUAAUGAUAUAGAAAACAUCAAUAGUGCUGAAUUGUACAUAGAACCAUACAAACCCAGUGACUUAGUGAAUGAAGAUAUGAAUCGAAUUGAGGUAGUUCCAGAUAUUCCUCAAGAUUUAGGGAUACCUUUAGAUGAACUGACUCUAAGACAUAUUCAAGAAGAAAAAGACGCAGAACUAGCGCGUAAACUUCAAGCAGAAGAAGGCAACUUAGAAGACACAAUCCUUAACCGCGACCGUUUAAUGGCCAUAGAAGCCCAAGAUAAGGAAUUGGCCAAACUAUUGCAGGAACGAGAGAGGGCCAAGGCGAAAAGGGCAAAAGAACGGGCCAAACAAAAAGCUUUAGCGAAAAAACAACAACAAUACGGAAGCGAGUGUGGAAGUAUGCAGGGAACGUUACAAAGUAACGCGGAUCCAGGUCAGAUUUUGCCAGACGAUUCGUACGCGUUUCCUGCAGAUCUUUUAACGCAUCCUCAAACGAUUGUGCCGAAGAGCGUUUCGGCUGUACCGGAUAUUUAUAAUGUUCCAAAUCCGGAUGAGGAGGAUAUCAGUUAUAGUUUACCGGCGGACGUGUUGUUGGACAGAGCACAGGGAUUUGGAAGUCCUAAAAGGGCUGCGGAUAGCUUAAGUGGUACUCCGGAAAAGGGAAUGGGUGGUGGAAGUAGACCUACGCAUCUAGAACUUAGGUCUCCCUUAACCAAAAUCAACAAACCAAGACUGCCAGACCCAGAUACAUCUACUGAAACUGCCAAUACUAGUACUGGAAGUCGUUCAGGAGGUACAUCUCCUCACUCGAACAUAGCCAUGGCAAUAGAUCCGACGUAUUCAAGAAGAGGUGGUGGAUAUAAGCCGUCUUCCAGUUACGAUACUACUUCGAGUACCGUCACCACUAGUACGUCUAGUAGUAGUCCAGGCAUGUUGUUACCACCACCAGAUAUUGCUGACGAUGACGACGAUAGCCCUGCACCUCCAUACAUGCCGAUACAGGGUCAACGGAGGACAGCGUCAUUGGAAAAAAAGAAAAAAAAAUCAAAAGAGGGAGGUUGCAAGCAGCAAUAGCCUUUGUUGAAUAAUUUAGUUAAUUGUUAAGUAUUUAAUGAUGAUGGUAGCUAGGAUUUGAUAUUUACCAUUAAUAUCUAUACUAUUGUGUAGAUAAAUAUACACUUACGAUAUGAUAUUAAAUACUUUAGGCAUACAUUUGAAGACUACAGUUUGAUCUGAAUAGCAAUAAUUGCAUUUAUAUUAAGCAUGACAAUUUUUUGGCUUAUGGAAGACAUUUAUUUUUUUGAUAUUAUUUAUUUUUUAGAAUUAAGUUUUUAGAUAUUGAAUAAUCUGCCUGCAUAAGUUGGUUGUCAAGGGAUGACAUUUGCAGGUUGAUGACCCUGAAAAAGCAUUUAAGCACUUAAAAAGCAUCAUAUCAAAAAUAUUUUAAUCUAGUCUGUAUUCUUCAAAAACAUAUGAGUUUUGACAAUAAAAUAAUCUUUACGCGUGGGUUAAGUCCGUCUCCGCCCAAUUUUGAUGGGUUAGCGGGACAAACAAAAAUCAAAACCAAAUAGUUUACUGCUCAAAAUAUAUUAUUUAUAUUGUUUAUUAUAUGUGUAUCUAUAUUAUUUAAACUAGUAUUUAAGUCAGUUUAACAUUUUGGUGGUAGUUAAUAGAUACAUAUGUUAUUGCCAUACUUUUUCCACAGUUUAUAUUUUAUACACUUUUUAUUUGUAACUUUAUUAAUAUAUAUAUCAUUUACAAAAUA